CCUUGAACCUGACCCCUCAGGGCCAUAUAGGGCGAGCUUGUCACAUUGCAUCCCCGCUGGCGCAUUGUUGCCGCAGGAGUUCCUCAAUGGUUUGAGGGAGAUAGAUAGUGUGGCCGUCCAUCCAAUAAACCGCCUCUCUCCCCUCUCCGAUCCCUGCGGUGCUCCCGGUUUUGACACAGGAGACAAAACCCGCGGAGAGGACUAUGAAUGGUAAAGCACCGAGGAGGCCGAGGGAGAGCAAAAAGGAGGCGGUGAGCCUUUGUAGUCGGGGAGGAAUGCGGAAAUGUCCCCGCUCCGUGUCAAACCUCUCUGAAGGGGGUCAGGCCACAUUCAGCCGGCGUGGGAAAGCCAGGCAGAGACGGAGCUCACACAGGCGAGCGGGGCUGCAGUUGCAUAGGCCUAUCCGGGGAUAUAUGGAAGAAAAAAAGAAAAAGAAAGAAAGGAGAAAAUCCAAAGAAGAGCGUGGUUUUGGAGGGCUGUAUCACGCGUUUGCCUUUGUCCUAUGACCCCCCCAUCCUACACCCCUUCCCCUCCACACCCCCCACACACAAAGUUGCAGUGAGAGUGUGUGUGAGUUUUCGUACAGCCCUCCACCACCACCUCCUCCUUCUCCUCCUCCUCCUCCUCCUCCUCCCUUGUUGAGUGUCUCUGCCUGGACUGGUGCAGUCUGAGGGAUGGGGGAUUAGAGCCUGCACCGUCCAACUACCUGUGUGGCCCCCGCAUGGAGGACAGUGGACAGGGAUGCGUUUGAUGCAGGACAUUUUUAUCCGAGAAACUAAUGCCUCCUCAGCAUUUGAUCGGACAUGCCGACGUUACGACAUUUUAUUGACAACAUAAACCAAGGCAUUGCAUGUGCCAACUUUUUUCUGUGAAUAUGCCUUUGUGAGAAACUCUCUGGCUCGUCACCCUCGCCGGGAUUCCCCGCAAUAUUUUCAACAAGAGACGAGAGAAAGAAAUCUGCAAAAAUGGACAAAGAAAGUACUGGCACUCAAUAUGAACCAGUGGCCGAGAUUGGAGAAGGCGCUUAUGGGAAAGUGUACAAGGCGAGAGAUUUGAAGAACGGGGGACGCUUUGUAGCCCUAAAAAGAGUUCGUGUCCAGACGGAGGAAGAGGGGAUGCCUCUCUCAACUAUCCGGGAGGUGGCGGUACUGAGGCAGCUUGAAGCCUUUGAGCACCCCAAUGUUGUCAGGUUGUUUGAUGUGUGUACAGUCUCUCGGACUGACCGAGAAACCAAACUCACCCUGGUGUUUGAGCACGUGGAUCAGGACCUGACCACCUACCUGGAGAAGGCCCCUGACCCCGGAGUACCGCCUGAGACCAUCAAGGAUAUGAUGUACCAGCUGCUCCAGGGGCUGGACUUCCUGCACUCGCACCGCGUGGUUCACCGUGACCUGAAGCCCCAGAAUAUCCUGGUCACCAGCGGAGGACAGAUUAAACUGGCCGACUUUGGUCUAGCUCGCAUCUACAGCUUCCAGAUGGCGCUCACCUCUGUGGUGGUGACACUGUGGUACAGAGCCCCAGAAGUGCUGCUCCAGUCCAGUUACGCCACGCCAGUGGACCUGUGGAGUGUCGGCUGCAUCUUUGCUGAGAUGUUCAGGAGAAGACCGCUAUUUCGAGGAAACUCAGAUGUUGAUCAGCUGGGAAAGAUUUUUGAUGUUGUUGGGGUACCUUCAGCAGAGGACUGGCCCCAGGAAGUGGCACUACCACAGAGUGCCUUCACCCCCCGGCCCCCGAAGCCAGUAGAGGACUUGGUUCCAGACAUGGACGAGCAAGGACGGGCCCUUUUAAUGCAAUUCCUCGCCUUCAACCCCUCCAGGAGGAUAUCGGCCUUUGCUGCGCUCAGCCACCCCUACUUUCAAAGCGUAGACAGCCACAGUAGAAGCGUGUACGCGGCCCAGCCCAUCCCCAGCAACAAGCCCACUAUGGAGGAGAGGACUGCCUGAUAGUCCUCCUUCACCCUUAAUCAUCCCAUUCAGUGUCUAUAAAAAGUAUUCUGCGUACCCUGUCUUGGAGUUUUUCAUGUGUUAUUGUUUUUACAGCAUGAAAUCAAAGUUUAAUUGAGCUUUUUUGACACUGAUUGACAUUUAAGAUUUAUCUGUAUAAGUCAAAGUAAAUCUGUAGAAAUAGAUGUAAUUUAAGUGCAAAUAUAGAACAUACAGUGAUUUAUACAGAGGCCUUUUAUAGCCUCGAGUCUAUAUGGUUUAAUCUUCCCUCAUUCUUCUUUGCAAAAGUCCUCUGCAGUUUUCAAGUUCUGCAACAAAUUCUGUCUGGAGUGGGAUUUGGCCCCUUGUGUGUUGUCCUUGUCGGUUUUAAGAUUUUUGGUCGUUGUCCUACUUAAAAAAAGAAAAGAAAAAAAGCUAUUCUCACAACACGACAGCAUUUCUUCCUCUAGGAUUCUUCCCGCUCAACCAAUGCUACAACAUGGUGCUACUAACACCAGGCUUUGCAUGGCAUUUAGUUUUUUAGUCAAAUAGCUAGAUUUAGGUGUCAUCCUACCAUAGAGCCCUUGUUUACUCCCACAUGCCUUUGGGCAAAUGCAAGCAGGAAAUUUAAUGCGAUUUUUCAACAGUGGGCUGCUCUUUGCCAAUUGGCCGUUAAGAUAGAAAUGCACCAAGGCAGCAGUUGCUGUGGGCUUAAAAUCUCCCAUUUCACUUAGGGGACCCUGUACCCCCGUCAGUGUCCACAGACCUCAUUGUGGCUUUAAUGCCUCUUCAUAACCCUUUAGUUUUUGAGGAUGACCUGCUCUAGACAGAUUUGUACUCUUCCUUCAUAUUUCACUAGUAUCCUUCCAUUGAUUGGUUCUUUGCAAUAACCUUGUUGUAGGUUGGUGUGAUGUUUUCCUAGUUUAGUUUAUGCCAGCUGUCCCUGCAGAUACAGAUGCAUUUCACUAAAACAAUCUUUACAUUACACACGUGUGGUUCUACCCAUCUUUGAACCUACUAAAAUACAGUUGACCGUGUGUCAUAGUUAAGAAGGGUUAUACUUUUAAUUUAGAUCCAUUUGUAGAGAUUUGUUUCCUCCUAAUUCUUGCAGAGACAUUUCUAUUACAAUCGGUGUCAAAAAAGCUGAAUCAACUGUGAUUUUGUGUUGUACAUAAAAACAAAACAUGAAAUAGACCAAGGGGGAAAUACUUUUUUUUUUUAAUAGUCAAUGUACUAAGCUCUAGGAAAGUACUCUUAAAGAGAGGGUAACGAUAGUGUCAAGAAAGAUGACACCAACCUUCUCACCCCCUGAAAAAAUGCACAAAAGCUAUCCUCCUUCCAUGAACUGAUGGAUUGUAAUUGCUGCUUUUAGGUUGUUAAAUGUUGAUGAUUGACUGUGUUAACAAUGCAAAGAGACUUGCAUCUCAGAUUGACUGGUAGUAGUGGGGCAAGCGGACUUUAGAGGCCAUGAAGCAGAGGCCUCUUUAUGACCAGUGUUUAGCCUCACAAGAGCCCUCUUGCCUGGGGGACCGGACCACACAGGAUUCUGAGAGGACUACAUGGAUCUCACCUGCCUUUACGCUUAACUGUGGGUAUGUACAGUGAGCAGAUAUACAGUACAAGCAUGCUCACAGAUACGUACGCAUUUAGUGUGUACACUACCACUGACAUUAGCACGCUCAUGUACACGCCUACUUAUUGAAACGUUAUUGGGCAUUACAAGCCAGCCACUCACUGCCAAGUCGUGUCCAUAGACUGUAUAAACAUGGGUUGUGUCUUAUCAUUCUAGUCCUACGUGUAUUAUAAUACUGCCACCUUGAGGAUGUCCUGAGUAACUGCAGACCAGUAGCGGGAUUCUAAUGGUUUCUGCACUCAAGGAACUCAUCAUAAUGGGCUGAAAUCAGUGCUGAGACAAUGAUGAAAGAACCUUAUAGAAAUGUUCCUGCCACUCGCUAGUCUGCCAUCAUGGGCUUUUUAUCAUUAUAAGAUACAAGUAUAAUUUACUAUCCAAAUGUUACCACAGGCUUGCAAUAGGUGGAGAAAGUCCCACCAGCACUAUUCAUCAUGAAUACAUACAUUUGGCACAGAAUGGUGUCGCCAAUAUUCUGUAUUUAAUUUUAAUUUUAUUGACAAGUCCUAUAUGCUUGUUUUUUUGUUGUUUUUUUAAAGAUGCUGGGGCAUAAAAUAUUCUUACACCAAUUACACCAACUCUUUAGACGAUUAUAUAAUUUGUGUAAGAAUAGUUUGACAAUGUAAGGAAUGUAUAAAGGAUAGGCAUUGGUACUGUACAGUAUAGAGUGCUAAGUACACGCUGUAAUGAUAGAAAACUUUUGAUACGUGCAUCGUCAGUCCAUAGAUAUGUCGUUAAAAUGGAUAGAUGUAGAGUAGCGAGGGUCAGUGGAAUGUUGUUUGGCAUGAGUAUUUUUGUCUAUUGAAAAUAAUGGGUGGGCUCUGUGGGUGCUUGUUGAAUUUCAUUAGCUUUGGGCCGAGAGCUAUGAAUUUUACAGUGGUUUUGAUAAUGAAAUAAUGCACGAAUAUUUUGUGUACAGUUUUUGCUUUAUUUUAAAGUCAGUCCAGUUAUAUUCAAAUUCAGUUUGUUUCUUUUAUCAGCAAGGAAAAAGCAAGUUAUGCAGAGUUGUAUUUUUGUAUGUAGUAGUUCUUGCAGAACAGUAACAUAUUUUAACACUGGUUUACGUUUCCUUAACAGGUAGUGCUGCUAGCACACACACACAGACACACUCUCCGACUUUCUCAGGUUCUUGUUAUGGUCAUCCGAACAUUUCGGGCACAGUUUGCACAUCCCUGGGCUACUAACUGACCAUAUCACAACUCUUUCAGGUUUUCUUUCAAGCUGUUCCAGGAUCAUGUCAUUGAUCAUAUUCUACUGUCAUUCCUAUUUAUCAAAUAUGUUACUGUAGUCAUUACUGUCUGAAGAUAACUGCCUGUAUCAUCUGUUUUUGCCGGCAACUUUUAAUUGCUAGAUGGCGAACGCAAUUUAGAUUCAUGUAUAAUUGUCUGCUUGACUAAGCACUGUGUGAAUUUUCUAUUUGAUAACGACUCACAUCUGGUAUCAGUGGUGCGUUCAAUGUAAUGAAAGCUCUAAAUAGAAUUAAAAUAAUGACUUUUAAUACAUUUUAUACAUUUCAAAACUGAAGUCCACUGUUGAUCUAUUGUAUAACUGAAAUUACACAUAUGUUCCUGUGUCACGUUUGUUUUUAGCAUAAUGGAAAUGGCAACUAGGAACAACAGAAUCAUGGCAUUAUACUUGUGUAUGAAUGCAAGCAUUGGUGUCUUAUUAUUGUGUUGCACCAGUUGAAUAAAAAGCAGCUUUUUGUGAA